UUCUUUCACAAGUCAACCGCUUAUUUGAUUUUGCCAAGACAAAUAAGGCAUUUUCCUGGCAUUAACGCAGUGAGUUGCUAAACACUGGAAACGACGGACUUUUUGACUAAUGUUUCACUUGAAUGAGAGACAUUUGCUCCUGCAACAGUGGAUCAGUUUACUCACGGAUAUAGCAUUUAAUCCAGAGAUGGCGUGGACUUCCUGUAUAAUUUUCUUUCUGUAUGUGUCAGUGUGUGAGUGCUGGCCGCUGCCUGACACAGGGCCUCUAAUGCAUGGGGUGAUCCAGUCCCCCCAGUAUCCUCAGCCUUACCCUUCCAACCUGCAGGAGCAGUGGGACCUCAGUGUGCCAGAGGGCUACCAGAUCCGACUCACCUUCACACACUUGGACAUUGAAGCUUCUGCUGGCUGCUUUUACGACGCCCUCACAGUUCUCUAUGAUACAAAGAUCCUGGGGAAGUUUUGUGGUCAUGAGAACUCGGCUGAUGGGCAUCACCCUGGCAACCAGCCCAUCUUGUCUCCAGGCAACAGACUCACCCUCAUGUUCCAGUCAGACGACAACAACCCAGAGCGCCACCAGAAUGUGGGCUUUUCUGCUCAGUACCAGGCAAUAGACAUGGAUGAGUGUUCUGCGCCAGAACCUGAAGAUGGCUCAGGUCCACUGUGCUCUCAGAUCUGCCUCAAUACCCUUGGCUCAUACCUCUGCUCCUGUCACCACGGCUACGAGCUUCGCCCAGACCAGCGCAGCUGUGUGUUAUCCUGUGACGGAGGUAUAUUUGAUGAGACAGAGGGACAUCUGUUCAGUCCAGGAUACCCUAACCCCCCACAUCAUGCUGUGUCAUGUCAGUACAUUAUUUCUGUAGAAUCUGGCUUCGCUGUCGUUCUUAACUUCACUGACAACUUCCACAUCGAGAGCAUGGACACUGAGCAAGGUCCAAACUGUCCCCAUCACUGGUUGCAGGUGACAUUGUCAGACAGAGAGCCCAUGAAGCUGUGUGGUGGAAAGAGUCCAGGUCUGAUACACACAAACUCCAACACUGUCACACUGGACUACCACACUGAUAAUGAAGGCCUGAGCAAAGGCUGGAGCCUGGAUUACAGCACAUACAGAGUGAAGUGUCCGUUGCCCAGUAAUGUGACUAAAGGCAAGGUCACUCCUAUCUUGACUGAAUAUUUCUACAGAGACUACAUCUAUGUGCGCUGUGACCAAGGAUACAAGCUGAUGAUGGAUGGUCAGGAGGUCGAGGGUUUCUCUACCAUGUGCCAAAGCAAUGGACAGUGGCAUCUCCCUUUACCAGAGUGCCACAUAAUUGAUUGUGGUGAACCUGAACCUUUGCUGAAUGGAGGGGUGACAUUCCUGUCUGGCUUUCAGAAUCAGUACCGUUCCAUUGUUCAGUAUCACUGUAAUGAACCAUUUUACUCUCUCCUUGGGGGUAUUAAUGUUGUCUUCACCUGUGAAGCCGACAGAAAGUGGAGAUCCAACAAUGAUAUUGUUGUCAGUCCAACAUGCAUACCAGUCUGUGGCCAGCCAACAAAACUCAUCUCUACCUAUCAGAGGAUCAUCGGAGGCAGUGACGCUCCAGACUAUACCAUCCCCUGGCAAGUGCUACUGAACAUAGAUGGGGGAAGAGGAGGAGGCAUGGUGAUAGGAGACCGCUGGAUUAUGACUGCUGCUCAUGUCAUUUUGAAGAAAGGAAAUCAAGCAUCAAAAGAGGCUGUGCGGAUGUAUAUGGGCCUUACUAAUUUUAACUCCCUGACGGCCUCUCCUGUGUAUGCUGCCUCAAUCCACAUUCAUCCUGAAUACAACAACCCCACUGAUGUAAACUUCAACAAUGACAUUGCCUUGAUCAAACUGCAAGACUCACUCACAUUCAACUCAUCCGUCAUGCCAAUAUGUUUGCCACCAGAGGGUGCCACAUACAUCACUGGUGUAAUGGGACUGGUGUCAGGCUUUGGCAUUACAGAAAUUGACGGCCGAAGUAUUUCAACAAAUAAGAUGAAGUAUGUACAAGUACCUGUGGUGGAGCAGGAGACAUGCAGUAACUCAAUCACUUUGUCGAAGAAGACAAGAGACAGUGUUCCAAGUCUAUCAAACAACAUGUUCUGUGCUGGAGUCCCAGAAGGUGGGAAGGACUCCUGCCAGGGUGACAGUGGAGGUCCCUACGCCCUGAGAGACAAUGGAAGGUUCUGGGCUGCUGGGAUUGUCAGCUGGGGGGUUGACUGCGGAAAGCAAGGAACAUAUGGAGUCUAUACCAGAGUUACCAACUACAUGGACUGGAUCAACAAGACUAUGCAGGAGAACCCACACAAAGAAGAACGUAUUGCAGACAUGGGAUGGACCAACUCUUUUAUAUGGUUUCUGUGUAUUUCAGUGAGUGAGUGCUGGCAGCCGCUAGACUCUAAAUCUGUUAUACGUGGGGAGGUCCAGUCCCCUCAGUAUCCCCGGCCUUACCUUCCCAACCUGCUGAGGAAAUGGGACAUCUGGGUUCCUGAGGGCUACCAGAUCCAGCUGUCUCUAAAACACCUGGAUAUUAAAGUUUCCUCAGGCUGCUAUCAAGACUCUCUGACGGUUCUUUAUGACCAAAAUGUCUUGGGGAAGUUUUGUGGCCAGGAAAAUUCAACUGAUCACCCAGGCAAAGAGCCGAUCCUUUCGCAAGGCAACAAACUGAGUCUCGUAUUCCAAACAAGUGACUUCAACUCAGAACUCCAACAGCACAUUGGCUUCUCUGCUACCUACAAGGCAAUAGUAAUUGAUUGUGGAGAACCUGAACCUUUGCUGAAUGGGGGGGUGAUCUUCCUGUCUGGCUUUCAGAAUCAGUACCGUUCUGUUAUUCAGUAUCAUUGUAAUGAACCAUUUUAUACUCUCCCUGGUGGCGAAAAUGUUACCUUCACCUGUGAAGCAGACAGGAAGUGGAGAUCCAACCACAACAAUGUAACUCCAACAUGUAUACCAGUCUGCGGCAAGCCAACAAAACUCAUCUCUGCCUAUCAGAGGAUCAUGGGAGGCAGUGAAGCUCCAGACUAUACCAUCCCCUGGCAAGUGCUACUGACCAUAGAUGGGGGAAGAGGAGGAGGCAUGGUGAUAGGUGACCGCUGGAUUAUGACUGCAGCUACUGACCUAACCCGUGGUGGAAAACCAAUAUCAAAUGAGACUGUACGAAUGCACAUGGGACCUACUGAUGUUAAAACCCUGAUGGGUUCUCCUGUGUAUGCUGCCUCAAUCCACAUUCACCCUGAAUUCAACAACACCAACGGCUUAGACUUUAACCAUGACAUUGCCUUGAUCAAACUGCAAGACCCGAUCACAUUCAACUCAUCCGUCAUGCCAAUAUGUUUGCCAGGAGAGGGUGCCACAUAUGUCACUGGCGAGAUCGGACUGGUAUCAGGCUUUGGCAUUACAAACAUAUACCCCCUAAAAAUGACAAAUAAGCUGAAGUAUGUGCAGCUCCCUGUGGUGGAACAAAAGACAUGCAGUAAUUCAGUCAAGAAACUGAAGAAGACAAGGGACAAUGUACCCACACUGACAAAUAACAUGUUCUGUGUUGGAGUCCCUGAAGGUGGGAAGGACUCCUGCCUAGGUGAUAAUGGAGGUCCCUACGCCCUGAGGGACAAUGGAAGGUUCUGGGCUGCUGGGAUUGUCAGCUGGGGGGUUGACUGUGGAAAGCAAGGAACAUAUGGAGUCUAUACCAGAGUUACCAACUACAUGGACUGGAUCAACAAGACUAUACAGGAGAACUGAAAUGUACAAUAAAAAAAU